UGCCUCCGAGGCACCGUUGAGUUUUUACGCGUUUUUGAACAUCCCGCGUGUGACAAUGACUCUCUCCAGUGAAUUUGAAGCUUCACAACACGCUACUUCGACUCUAGAGGAGGAUGAGAUUGACAUAGUUGGCGAGGACAAUCCUACCCACGGGCGUUUAUAUCGAAAUGAGUGCUCUACGGACGCCGGAUCCUCAGCAGAAUCUGGUGCUGAAUUUGACUCUUCAGAGCCGGACUCAUCGGGCGAAAGUGAGAGCAGUUUCUGCGCAGACGCACCGCCGUCCAGGAAAGCCCAGAGCAGCUCGGUAAAACCUCCCUACUCCUACAUUGCCCUCAUCACCAUGGCCAUCCUGCAGAGCCCGCUCAAGAAGCUCACGCUGAGUGGCAUUUGUGACUUCAUCAGCAACAAAUUUCCUUACUACAGAGACAAGUUCCCCGCUUGGCAGAACUCCAUCAGGCACAACCUCUCCCUCAACGACUGUUUCAUCAAGAUCCCGAGGGAGCCUGGGAACCCAGGCAAAGGUAACUACUGGUCUCUGGACCCUGCCUCAGAAGACAUGUUCGACAACGGCAGCUUCCUGCGGCGAAGGAAGCGCUUUAAGAGAAACCAGCCAGAGUUCAGCAAAGACGGACUUAUGUUUUAUUCCAACUUGAACUCCUACCGGCCUUACGGGCAACCGUAUUGUGUCCAGGGUCAGAUAAGCCCCCCACCCACUGCUCCUAUCCGGUACAUGCCCCUGCAGGAGGGCAUCAUGAUGCCUCCCUCUUCCUAUCACCUUCUACCACAAACCUUGAACAAUCACGGGAAGCGCAGUGGGCCUAAAGACUUAAGGGCGCAGCUUUGCGCGACAGAACCCGCUGAGCCAAAGCCUGGCCCGCAGGCAAAGUGCUCUUUCAGCAUCGACAGCAUCAUGAGCAAACCCUCUCCCGUCAGUCCUCAGAACCCAAAUCCACAGCAGGGCCCUCACAGCGCUCUUGGAUACGGUCAUCUCAUGUCGGGCCCCGCUGCCUAUUUGGUUCCGACGCUCCUGCAGGCUCACAGGACUCCACUCUGUCCUCCCGCCUUGCUGAGCACUGCUCCCUUAAUAAAUGAGCACCUCAGACUCUCCUACCCUCGCUGCUGAAGCCUUUGGUCAUAAGAAACAAUACAGUGUCUGUAUGUUUGAUGCUAUGUAAAGAC